AUGCCUCUUAUUACUCCUGAAUUUUUUAUUGAACAAGACGAAAAGCACAUCAUAAUUAAACUCAGACUACCUUAUGUUAAGCCAACUAAAUCGGAAUUCAGUAUGAUUGGGAAGUCAUUUAGUUUUUUUCUGAAACCAUACUUACUCUAAUUAACAUUUAAUGAAUUUCUUAAAGAUGCUGAAUAACCAGCUAAGGCAAUUUAUGAUCCAGAAACCUAUUAUCUAAAGGUUUAUCUAGAAAAAUUGAAUGCAGGAGAACAUUUUACUGAACUUGAUAUGAUUGGACUGCUUAUGAAUAAGAAAUCCAAAAAAAAUAAAUAAUUUUAAGGCAAAUUAAUUUAGGUAAUAGAAAGCACAAAUGAUAAAGAGGAGGGUUAAAAUAUUGAUUAAAAUCCAGAAGAUCAAUUACAAGGAUAUGUGAACCCUUUUUGUUAUGGAUUUAAUAAUCAAUAUAAAGAUGUAUUUGAUGAUUUAGAGGAAGAAUUAUAUGAAAUGGCCAUUCUAGAUCCUAAAUAGAUUGCUAUAUAAGAUAGAAGAUUGAUGGCACUGUAAUAUGUUUAAUAAUAAUUUGACAAAGAUGCCUAUUUAUUUGAUUUACUUGAAAAUGAAUAGGUAGAUGAAGUAUUAGUAUAUGAAUUCUAAUUCCAAAAAUAAUUUACAAUUGACGAAAUUAAUAAAAUUAGUAAACUUGGCAAACGAGAGUACUUAAUUGAGAAUAAAGAACUAUGCUUAUUUGGAAUUAUCGAUAUUUUGUUUGCAUAUUUAUACGAAAAUAAUUUAUUUUAAGGCGACUUAAGUUAGGAAUCUGCCAUAACCAUAAAUUAAUUGAGUUCUUAAUUUUAGGCAUUUUAUAUAGAGAAUAGUUUAGAAAAUAUUUUGAUUAACAAUUAUUAAAGAGCAAUAACAUUUCCGAUGAUUCGAAGCUUUGAAGUCUGUGUUAAGACUAAGAACCUUCUAGUUGAGGUUCUUGAAAAUAAAAUAAAUUUAAUCAAAAUAUUAGUUGCAGUAGAAGGACUAUUUUCCAAAGCUAAACCUAGAAAUUAUUUAAACUUAAUUUACGUUUAAGAUUAUAUUGUGUGGGCUUAAACUCUCAAGGAGGAUGAAUUAAAGAUUUUAUCAAAAUAACUAAAAUAAAUACAAAUAAACAAAUCUUAGCUUUAAUUGAAUAUCCCAGAAAUUGAACAUGAAGCACUCCAGUAAUUUUAAGAAUGA